AUGCUUCGAUCGCUAGUAUGGCGUCCGUUGGCCUUGCGCCAUUGCAAGGGCGCCACGAAAACCGCACAGAAAGCAUUUACAACGAGCACCUUGAGACCACAGCAACUACCUGGCGAAGAUGAGCAGACCACGCAUUUUGGGUUCUCGACGGUCCCAGCUGCACAAAAGGAGGCCAAGGUUGGCGCGGUGUUUUCAUCAGUAGCCUCAUCCUAUGAUACCAUGAACGAUUUGAUGUCCCUAGGGAUUCACCGGCUUUGGAAGGACUAUUUCGUCCGCAGUCUGAACCCGGGCAGCCGUAAUAGUGAAAAAGGCUGGAAUAUCCUAGAUGUGGCCGGAGGCACUGGGGACAUCGCUUUCGGGAUGCUCGACCACGCCACGAAUGUCAACUUGGAUCUGAAAACGAAAGUCACCAUCGCCGACAUCAACCCGGACAUGCUGGCAGAGGGCCGGAGGAGGGCGCUCGAAACGCCGUAUGGAAACUCCAAAAGACUUUCAUUCAUGCAAGCCAAUGCAGAGUCCAUGCCCUCGAUCGAGUCGAACUCUCUUGACCUCUAUACCGUGGCAUUCGGCAUCCGCAACUUUACGAACAAAGACGCAGCCAUUCGCGAGGCAUUUCGCGUUCUGAAGCCCGGUGGCGUGUUUGCCUGCCUCGAAUUUAGCCAUGUUGACAGUGCCUUGUUCAACGCAGUUUACAAAAGGUGGAGCUUCGGUGCCAUUCCGUUGAUCGGCCAGCUUGUUACAGGAGAUCGAGACAGCUAUCAGUACCUCGUUGAAAGCAUUGAACGAUUUCCAACGCAGGAAGAGUUCAAAGCAAUGAUUGAAGAUGCCGGAUUCGUCACUCCAGGAGCAGGAUACGAGAACCUUACCGGUGGCAUCGCCAGCAUUCAUCGAGGUAUUAAGCCCAUAUAG